AUGGCUUCGCCCCUCGAUAGCUCAAAUUCCGCGCCGUACGCGCCGAGUCCACGUCUUAAUCGCGCAUGCGAUGCUUGCCGCUUGGCGAAGCUCCGCUGCCUCCCAGAUGGCACUUCGCCUGUGGGAGAUUGCCAAAGGUGCUCCAAAUCACAACGAAGUUGCGUUUAUGCGCCAGUGAAGAAGAGAAAGCCGCGCGCCAGGACGAACACCCGGAUCACCAAGCUUGAGGGAGAGGUUCGCGCGAUGAUGGUUUUAUUGGAGAACAAGGACAGUACUGACGAAAAGUCACCUGAUUGUGGGAUUCCUCGCGCUCUGCCUAACGGAGUCAACGGAGUCGGUGUUUUUGAGGCUGGAACGAAGGUUAACGGCCCGCACGAUGCGUCAUCACCAAGACCAGUGCCUUUUAUACCGUCAGAGGUGACGACUGGGAGCCUGGACGUCGUGCAACGGGGCAUUCUCAAUGACGACCUCGCCGAUGAGCUGGUUGCAGCAUACGUCAAGUAUCUCAAUAAUGACUAUCCUGGAGUUGAUCUGCCGAACGAGACGAAAAGUCGCAAAUUGCGGAGUGAGAUGCCGGUGCUAUGGUUGGCGGUUCUAGCCGCAGCCUCGCAUGGCCAUGCCCCUGAGUUGGCCAUCGAACUCAACGGAGAAUUAGCUCAGACACUAGGCGCUGAGACUUUUAACAAAGGGACAAAAUCCAUCGAGUUGGUGCACGCAUUACACAUCGCCACUCUGUACUACAAUCGCCCAACGCAUCCCUCCCGCGAUCUCUUCUUUCAGUAUGCUAGUACAUCUUCGAGCAUGUUCUUUGACUUGAGUAUUGCACAUGAAGCCGGUGAGCUUGAGGAGUUGUCCUCAAAUUUAUUCGAUAGUUAUAGAAGAUUGCUUUUUUGCUACUUGUUGAGCUCAGGACUGGCUCUAAGACUUCGACGGCCGUCAAUUGUGCCGUACAACGACUCUGUCAGGAGCGCACUGUCACUUCUUGAGACACUGGGGUCAUUGAAUGAUCGACGCCUCGUCCGCUGGGUUGAACUCCAUCGCGUGAUCGACGAAACAGCCACGUAUUUUGGACUCAGCGGCUUAAAUAUGCGCAUACAACUCAGCGACUCACAGGCAUCUUCGGUCCUUCAAACAUUUGAGGAAAAAAUGGGGGCGUGGAUGAGGAAAUGCGAGACAGACUUUCAGAGCGAUCCGCUGAUGAUUGAGUAUCAAUCUCACUUGGUCACCAUGUACGAAAUCGUCUUGUCGGAUGGAAGGGGCCUCGCGGGUGAUCACGCAGACAAGAAAUUCCACCUUCCACCACCGGAAGCGACUGAAUUUACCCCUUUCACUCCGUCAAAAACGUUAAUAGCACUUAGGUGCGUCGAAGCCGCGAAGGGAUUGCUCGACAGGGUGAUUGCCAUGGACCCGGACCGCCUGCGCUGGAUGCCUAACGUCUUGUUUGUCCGCAUGUUUCAUGGUCUCAUCAUCCUUAUCCGCUUGUCCUUCCAACUCUGGGCGGAAGGCUUUGGCGAUUCAACGAUUCAAAACUGUUCAGUGACCGACUUUUACGUGGAGUCGAUCUUGGCGAGUCUGGUCGGUGCAGCGUGCGAUGAUAAAUACGCAAUACCGGCGAUGUGGGCUGGGAAAGUGGGAAAGGAGGCUAAAUCAUGGUCACAGAAGCUGAAAGGAGUUAUGAUCGGAGAGGCUGAAGGAGGGUGGUAUUGGUCCCAGCAACCUCCUACCGAGCUACCGCCUCUGUCGAGCUCCUAUCCGAUGGCUGCCACUACUACUCCGCAGUCGGCCGGACACUUGUCACCCCCGUGGCUCGACGCAUUCUGUGGAGAGGAAGCGACUGUUUUGGAACCUCGUCAGACUUGCGAGGACUCGUCCGGAAACCCUAGUAGCGAAGCGCUGAACUUGAAUAUGCCUACCAACGCUACUGCGGCUAGUUUCGAGGUCCCGGGUUACAGUCAUCUCAUCGACACGACUGUGUAUGGCAGUUUGACGAUAGGCAACAAGAGUAUUCUGCAACAGUUUGAUUCUGACAUGGCAGAACCAUGGAUGGCCAGCUUCGCUUCGCGACCUGGCUUCUGA